AUGCAACCGAUUCUUCCUAAUUCUCCAUUUUUUCAGUUGGGUUUCGCUCUCGGCGUCACCGCGAUGGCUCAAAUGCGUAUCGGACAGGAAUCUCAGAUGACACCGAAUUACGGAUCAGCUGGCUUCGAUGAUGGAUACGGUGGCGGUAUGCAGGGUGGUGGACAAGGAGAUCAGGGAGGACCGACUACUUCAUAUAUGAAUAUGUUAACAAUUGUGCUCCAUUUCAGUCUUCUUGGCGUCGAUGAAUCUCGUGAGAGACGCUUCUUUCUUUUCAAUCCAAUCCAUCCACCUUCUACUUCUUCAUCCACAUCUUCAAUUUUCUAUUGUUUUUGA